CUGUCUCUCUCUAUAUAUAUCUCUCUAUCUCUCUCUCUCUUUCUAUAUCUCUCUCUCUCUCCUCCCCUGAGGCGCGAAUCGCCGAGGAGAGAGCGGAGUAGCGCGGCGAUGUGAUCAUCGUCGUCUUCCUCAGCGCCCCCGAUCGUAGCACCCGGAGAUUUCGACGACCUAGGGUUUCAUGGCGGCGGCGGAGGAGGCGGAUCACGGUGGCGCCGCGGCGAAGAAGGCCCCGGCGGCGAGGAGCUGGAUGGUGGUGGAACCCACCGGGGAGGGGACGGUGCUCGAUGUGGAUAAGUACGCGAUCAUGCACCGCGUGGAGAUCCACGCUCGGGAUUUGAGGAUCCUCGAUCCCUUGCUCUCCUAUCCCUCCGCGAUCCUGGGGCGGGAGAAGGCGAUCGUUCUUAAUCUCGAGCAUAUUAAGGCAAUAAUCACGGCAGAGGAGAUGUUUCUUAGAGAUCCUUCUGAAGAGCAUGUAGUUCCUGUAGUCGAGGAGCUCCGCAGACGUCUACCUCCGGCGAACGUUGCUCGCCAAGGGAAAGAUGAAGCAAACGCACCACAUGAGGUGGAAGGUGCUGAAGAGGAUGAAUCACCUUUUGAAUUUCGUGCCUUGGAAGUUGCUUUGGAAGCAAUUUGUAGCUUCCUUGAUGCUCGUACCACUGAACUGGAAACUGCCGCUUACCCGGCAUUAGAUGAGCUGACAUCUAAGAUCAGUAGCCGUAACUUGGACAGGGUUCGCAAGCUUAAGAGUGCAAUGACUAGGUUGAUUGCUCGUGUUCAGAAGGUAAGAGAUGAGCUUGAACGCCUAUUGGAUGAUGACAAUGACAUGGCUGAUCUGUACCUAUCAAGAAAGCUUGCUGGAGCAUCCUCGCCUAUUAGUGGCUCUGGUAGGGCUGAUUGGUCUCCAAACUCACCACCAAUAUUUUCGAAAAUAUCUCGAGCUAGUAGGGCCAGUGUAGCAACAUAUCACAUUGAGAAUGAUGUUGAAGAGCUUGAGAUGUUACUGGAGGCAUAUUUCAGGCAAAUUGAAGGAACUUUAAACAAAUUGAUCACGCUACGCGAGUACAUUGAUGAUACAGAGGAUUAUAUCAAUUUUCAGCUUGAUAAUCAUCGAAAUCAGCUGAUUCAGUUGGAGCUUUUCUUGAGCUCUGGCACUGUUUGCCUCACCCUGUACUCGUUAGUCGCUGGAAUUUUCGGCAUGAACAUCCCAUACACAUGGAACGACGACCACGGUUAUGUUUUUACAUGGGUGGUAGUUUUCGGGGCAGCUAUAAGUUCCGUGCUUUUCGUUGUGAUCAUUUAUUAUGCUAAAUACAAAGGUCUUAUUGGAUCAUGAUAUCCGGAGAUACACAUUGAGGUCUUUACAAGAGAAUUCCACCUCCCUAUUGGUCAAUGGUCAAUUCAAGCAUUGCAUGAGGUAUUAGGGUUUGAGAAACAUUUUUUUUUUUUCUUUUAUAGAUUACAGAGAGAUAAUAAUAAUCUUUUUCUUCAACCUGAGCUCUAGGAAUGUAGUUCAUUUAUUUUACUCUUAUUUUCUUAUCAAUUUAUUGUCAAAAGAGAACUAGUGGCAAUUUAUUCUUUUAUUGUUAUCUA